AGAGUACGCUCCAGUGAUGUCAUCAGAAGAAUGCGACUCUGACUGCGAUCAUUUCGUUCUUGCUUCUCGGACAUUGAAACACAUUUAGUCUCAAGCUUUGCGUCGUAGCAAUGCAAUCUACAGAGGAUUACACAGGACCUGGUGUCUUAUGAGUACGGGAGGAUGAACUGUUUGCCUCUUGUUCUUUAUCUAAUGUCACUGCUUCAUCCUGUGCUCAGCUCCCUCCCUGCUCCAGUCAAUUUGUCCGUCAGCUCUGUCAACUUCCACCAUGUCCUGCAUUGGGAUCCGGGGCCCGGUACCCCACCAGGAACACAGUACCAGAUCUUCAGCAGGCAGAAAAGGAAAAAUAAAUACAAACUGCUAACCAACUCAACCACGACAUCAGUGAAGCUGAAGCUUAAAAACCCAAGAGAGCUGUAUGACCUGACUGUCGAGGCUUCCUACAACCACACCCGGUCUCCAAUGAGCCACAGAUAUAGCUUCACUCCUUACGAACAAACCAUAAUAGGUCCACCAACACUCUCACUGGCUGGAUGUGGCAACUGCAUCCAAAUCAACAUUUCACUGCCAGAACCUGACAGGAGCUCAGAAAUCGAUGAUAUCCAUAAUUUCUACGGUGUCAACUACAGAGUCGUGUGGAAGAAAUUUAACGGAGAACCGGAGGGAGCAUACCUCACUGAAGACAAGAGGUUUACUCUUCCCAGCUUACAGAAUGGCACAGAGUACUGCAUACAGGUUAACACAAUCACUCGUCAGAACAAAAACACUGAGCCGUCUGCCUGGGUGUGCACCUACACGAGCACUGCAGAACCAAACAGAGUCCCUGUUAUUCUAGGUACAGUUGUUGCUCUUCUGAUUCUCGCUUUCGGUGGCCUGAUGACCUUCGUGCUUUGCCUCCACUACACUGGAUUCAUCUGUAAACUGAAGGCAACUCUUCCCAGAGCGCUUGCGGCUCUGAGCCAAGGCUACACCCUGACACCAGAGAGGACAAUCCCUGACCAGAUCUCCAUUAGCCCUGAGAUGGAGAAACCGAGGAGGCACAACAAUCCUACAAUGCAACACAGGGCAGUUAACUCUGAGGACGAGGACGAAGAGGAUGAAGAGGAAGGGAUGAACAUAUACAUGGAAAGAGAUGCAGAGCUUUCAUGUAGUGAGAGUUCCUGCCAGAACUCUGGUAAUGUGACGGGUAACAGAACGCUAGCUGCGUCAGGGGACUCUGGGACAGUCGAGGUGGAAGAACCAGAGUUUGAGGUUUUAGAUGAGGAGCUCGGUCAAGACGAGGGUAAAGCUGAUGUAGCAGAGCUUUCUUUCAUCUCUGGUGGGGGUCAAACUGGAGUCCAGGGACAUGUCACAGGUGUGGGUGAGGAGGAGGAAGAGGAGGAGGUGUUUGACAGCUCAGGCAAUGUUGAUCUGUUUUCAGUCAAACUGGCAUCACUGCCUGUAUGUGAGGAGGAGGAGGCGCAGAAGACAAGAGACUCUCUCACAGACUUAUUAAAGCUGUCCGAUCUGGAGCCUUUGCUGCUCACAGUCUCACAACCUGAGUCAGAUGAUCAGACAGCUGCGGCACUGAUGCUGCCUACACAAGAAGACUGCGCUGGCAGACGUGCAGACACUUUGUCGGUCUACCUCAAAACCUGUGAUGAUGAGACACAGCAUGAAAAGACACAAGAGGAGGAGGAGGAGGACGAGGAAGAGGAGGAGGAGGAGGAGGAGGAGGAAGAAUUCUCCGGAUAUAUGAAGCACACAUGAUAUUUUGCUGUCAAGUGUGUAUCAUUAAUUAAUUUCUUCCCAGCAGGUGCAUUCCUUUUUAUUAAAAGAAAAGACCAACUCAGAUAUUUACAUGUAGUUAGGCGGGUUGAUUUAAUCUAUUUUCCUGUUCUAAAGGAAACACAAGGACCCAACAUGGCAAUACAUUUCACCUGCAAUUCCAACACCUUUGUAGCCAGCGUAUCAUUUUCGAGUGACCAAACAUUCCAGUUCGGAGCCAGAUAAAUUAAGAAAAGCUAAAUGUUUUAUCAGAAACAACUUAUUUUUGAUACACAUUUUUAAGUAAACUGAAAUUUUUUUUCAAAUGCGUAAAAAUAUAUGCUGAGAUUCCUCAAUAUUAAUCUGAGGUAGUUUUUUACUUAAAUGUACGUCCUUCUUGAGCCCUAAUUUCUUGUGACUCUUGACUCUUCUUGUUGUUUUGUUUACUUCUUUGUUGUCCUGGCUCACAGCACGCUAUAUUUGCACGUCUGUAUAUCUAAUGCAAAUUAAAACUGGUGCUCACACACCACAUUUGUGUUAUAUCAGA